CAGUCCAUCGAGUUGUGGGGUCACGGGCGCUCGGGGUACUGGUGAGUUUUAGUAUAUAACACCAGAAUGUCAUGGCUUCGGCUGCGUGCUUCCCUCCUCCUAAACUUGAGGAAUUCAUUUUGACCGAAAGACUCGGCAGUGGUACCUAUGCUACGGUUUAUAAGGCCUAUCGAAAGGCAAGGGGCGGAGAAGUGUCAGAGGUGAAUCGACGGGAGGUGGUAGCAAUUAAAUGUGUUAGCAAGAAAACACUUAAUAAGGCAUCGGUGGAAAAUCUUUUAACUGAGAUUGAGAUUCUUAAAGCAGUUCGUCAUCCUCAUAUUGUAGAACUGAAGGAUUUUCAAUGGGACAGCGAAAACAUUUACCUGAUAAUGGAGUUUUGUGCUGGAGGAGAUUUUUCUCGUUUUAUUCGUAGCCGCCGAAGACUUCCAGAAAAUGUGGCAAAACGUUUUCUUCAGCAACUAGCCUCAGCCAUGCUGUUUCUGCGGGAAAGGAAUAUUUCGCACCUGGACCUGAAGCCUCAGAACCUAUUACUCACCUCUGUAGAAUGCCCACACCUAAAGCUGGCUGAUUUUGGAUUUGCGCAACACAUGUCUCCAUGGGACGAAAAACAUGUUCUGAGGGGUUCUCCACUGUACAUGGCUCCAGAAAUGAUCUGUAGCAAGCAGUACGAUUCCAGUGUGGAUCUGUGGUCUAUAGGGGUUAUUCUUUAUGAGGCCUUAUUUGGUCGCCCACCUUUUGCUUCAAAGUCCUUUACAGAGCUGGAAGAGAAAAUUCGUAGCAGCAAACCUAUUGAGAUACCAUCAGGGGCUCGAGUAUCCCGAGAGUGUCGAGACCUCCUGCUAAGGCUUUUAGAAAGGGACCCCUCCAAGAGAAUUCUAUUUGAGGAGUUCUUUACACACCCUUUUGUUGACUUAGACCAUAUGCCUUGUCCAGAGAACCUUGAAAAAGCAACUGCUCUGGUGACAGAAGCUGUGGCAAAGGACGAACUCCGGGAACAUGCCUCUGCACUUUCGCUCUACUGCAAGGCUCUCGACUACUUUGUUCCUGCUCUACACUAUGAGACUGAUAUUCGUCGAAAGGAAGCUGUCCGGUCAAAGGUAAAUCAAUACAUUUCAAGAGCUGAAGAGUUAAAAGCACUUGUUGCAUCUGAUAACAAGGAAAGUUUUGAACAAGCAAAAUCUGCCAGGGAUAUUUUGAAAGAAAUGUCUAAAGAUAAACCAACUCUGUAUGCUGCACUGCAGACGGCUUCUGCUGUAACCUUGAUAGUAACAGACCAUGGCAAACCAUUCUUUAGCCUGUUACUUUGGGAGCAAAGAGCUGAUGCAAGUUGCCUUAAUUCAUCUGAUGUUGAUGCUUACUCAGUGAUUUGUCAUCAGUUUCAGAAGAAACUUAAAAUUGAGCAGGUGAUCUGUGGUUCAGGAGAGGCUUCCUAA